AUGGUGCCCGGUUCCCCCGGCACCGCAGCGCAGGGGGAGGCAGGAAGGCGCAGCAGCCGCGGCGGGCCGGCGCGGAGCGAGGCAGACGGGCGCUCCAGCCCGCCCCGGCCGCAAUUAAUUUCAGAGCUGCCGGCACGCACCGGGGCUGGCCGGCGGCGUGCGCGCGCGUCUGCCCGCCCGCCGGCCAAUGGCGGCGCACCGCCCCGCCCCGCCCCGCGCCGCCCCGCCCCCGCCGCCACCAGGGCUCCCGCCGCGCAGGGAUACCGGCGCAGGGGCGCAUCACCGCUCCCGUGCGCGCGCCCCCUUCCCCCUCGCCCCCCCGCUGCCGCCGCCGCGGGCACAAAUCCCGGCACGCCGGACAUCCCGCGGCACGGGCCCGGCCUGGCUGCCCGUGUCCCUAGAUCCUCCGGCAGACCAAAGUUGCCCCUUCCUCUAGCGGCGAAGGAGGCGGGGUGGGAGGCCGGGUGGGUGAGGAGAAGCGGCAUACCGUUGGCGGCGGAGGCACUACUUUGCGGAUCUAGCCGAAGUCUCUCGGCGAGUUUAUUUUCCCAGGCCCGGUUAUUUCUGUUUGUUGUUUUACCGAGGGAGAAAACAAAACCAUCGUCCGGAGAGGACGCAGGCGGCGGGGUGGGCCCGGGGUCCGGGUGCUGGACGCCGCUGUCCGCGGCCUGCCAGGGAAGACAGGUCCGCUCCGGCCCGCCCGGCCCGUGCCCGCCGCGCUCCUCACUGAAAAGAUGCUCCGUAGAAACAAUACGUGCAGCUCAACUGCAGCUAAAACAAUUUAUCCCGAGGAAAUUCAGCACUGAAAUCAAGGCAUGGGAUUUCUUGAAGAAGAAGGCGAUGUGGAGGACAUUAGAUGACUCUACCAUGGCAAGGGGUAAGAGGAAAGAAGCUGAAGUCAAGAAGAAUGGUGUUAAAAUUUCUAACUGUAGGAAAAAAGGCACGCUCAGAGAACUCUCUUCUCUAAUUGACGCAGGUGGAUUUCCAUCCAUUUUUGCAUGCUUACAUUAAUCCUGCAUACAGCACAUAGAGAUGGG